UGGGCACGUGUCCCGGGAGGGUGGGCCAGCAGGUCCUGCUCUCCAGGAGGCUUUUUCCCGUGAUCCUCCAUGAAAAGCACCCAUAUCCUUUUCAGUUGGACACCACUGCUGAUCAUAUUUUGUUGCUCUUCCUGGGCCAAGCCCAUCUUCAAACGUCCAGGGAUAUCCCUGUUCCCUCUGCCUCAGUGGUGCAGUGUAUCUCCAAACCAUGUGAACCUGCUGAGGUGUGUUUUUUCAGGUGUGUGAUGAACCAGAGGAGCUGAGGAGAAAGGCAGCUGAGCUGGCGGCAGCUGUGCGGAGCGCCAGGCACCUCGUCAUCUACACGGGUGCCGGGAUCAGCACGGCAGCUUCGAUCCCAGACUACAGAGGCCCCAAUGGCAUUUGGACACUGCUGCAGAAGGGCAGGAGCAUUAGGGCUGCAGACCUGAGUGAGGCAGAGCCCACGCUCACCCAUAUGAGCAUUGCCUGCCUGCACAAGCACAACCUGGUGCAGCAUGUGGUGUCUCAGAACUGUGACGGGCUGCACCUGCGGAGCGGGUUACCCCGAGCUGCAAUAUCUGAGCUUCAUGGGAACAUGUACAUAGAGGUCUGCACUUCCUGUACACCCAACAGAGAGUACGUGCGAGUGUUCGAUGUGACGGAGCGCACAGCCCUGCACAGACAUCACACGGGCAGGAUGUGCCACAAGUGUGGGGCACAGUUGAGAGAUACAAUCGUCCACUUUGGGGAGAAGGGGACAUUGAGACAGCCCCUGAACUGGGAAGCAGCAACAGAAGCUGCAAGCAAAGCAGAUGUGAUUCUUUGUCUGGGUUCCAGCUUAAAGACAACUGUAAACUCUGGUGUCAGGAUUCGCCCACCAUCUGUGAUAGUCUCUCUUCCUCCCUCUUUCCCCUCCUGGUAAUACAUUCCUUUUCCUCUCGCUGAUACGGUUCACAGUGGCGUGUGCCCGUGGCUGU